AUGUCUGCCCAAAAAUUGAAGAUUGGUUGUGCUGGUCUUGGCCGUAUGGGCAAGCGCCAUGCCCUGAACUUCCUGCAGCGUACUCCCCGAGCUGAACUUGUGGCUGCCAGCUCCCCUGACCCCGCCGAGCUCGAAUGGGCCAAGAUUCACCUCGAACCCUUUGGCGUGACCCUGUACCAGAACUACGAUGAUAUGCUCAAGCAUGAAGGUCUGGUUGCCGUGGUGGUUGCAUCGGCAACUAUAGUGCAUGCCGAGCAAGCAAUUAAGGCAAUUGAAGCUGGCAAGCACACUCUUUGCGAGAAGCCUCUCUCUACAAGCCCCGAAGUGUCCCAAUCUGUCGUCGACGCAGCAAAGAAGAACCCACACCUCAAAGUGAUGUGCGGUUUCUCUCGCCGCUUCGACAGUUCCUACCGAGACGCCUACAAGAAGAUGCAAUCAGGAGCAAUCGGCACUGCAUCCGUCCUCCGCAGCCAAACCUGCGACAAGCUCGACCCCAGCGGCUUCUUCGUCGCGUACGCAGAGUUCUCCGGCGGUAUCUUCGUCGACUGCUCCAUCCACGACAUCGACCUGACCCUCUGGUUCUUCGGCGACGGAUGUAAAGUGAAGUCCGUUUCGGCAGUAGGCAUCACAGCCGUCGAGCCCGAUCUGCGCAAGCACAACGACCGCGACAACGCCGUCGGCUUGGUCGAGUUCUACGACGGCCGCAUGGCCUACUUCUAUGCUUCCCGCAUGAUGGCUGCUGGUCAGGAGGACACCACUGAGAUUAUUGGCACCAAGGGCAAGCUGGCUGUUAACACCCAGCCUGCGCUGAACCAUGUCAACAUCUUUGAUGAGUCCGGCAUCAGGAGGGAGAUCCCCCAGAACUACUACGAUCGCUUUGAGUAUGCGUUCGUUACCGAGGCUAAUGAGUUCUCGGCUGCUUGUCUUGAUAACACGGCGCUACCUAUUGAUCUUGAGAACGCUGUUAAGGCUGUUCGGAUUGGUGCUGCGCUGCAGGAGUCGUUGAUUACCGGGAAGAAGAUCUUCUUUGACGAGGCUGGGAACCGGUCCGAGUUGGCUCGUUUGUAG